AAUGAGUAACCGUCAAAGUCAAUAGUCCAAUAUCUUUUUUCUUUUUUUUUUUUAAAUUCCUUUUAUUCCUCUCCUUCUUCCCCAACCCGCCUCCUCCAAUCUUGUAUAAAUCCUUUUUCAGACCCUCCAUUUCUCCAUGUCCAUGGAUUCAUAGUUUCAUCUUCAGAAACCCUAGCAUACUCACCUCUGCAAUUUCUUCCUUCCUUCCAUUUUUCCUACAAAUCACAAAAAUGCUAGGCAAGAAAAUGGUUUCCUUCAAGAAACUCGCCAAGAAAGUGAAGGUCCGAGUCGGAACCGAGACCGAAGCAUCGCACAACGAGUGUUUGCUCACAGAUCGGUUGGAAUUAACUGAGGAUCACGAUUCUCAUUCGCCGUCGUCUCCGACCUCAACGCCGACCGGCUCGUUCGCGAUUUACGUCGGCGAUGAACGGCAGCGCUUCGUCGUGCCGACGAGCUUCUUGUCUCAUCCGCUCUUUAGGAUGCUGCUCGAUAAAGCGUACAGAGAGUUCGGGUUCGAGCAGAGGAAUGCGCUUGUUGUUCCUUGUAGCGUCUCUGCUUUUCAAGAAAUUGUGAGCGCUGUCGAAUGCUGCAAUGGCAGAUUCGAUUUCGGCGAGAUUGUUGAGGAGUUUCUAUAGAACAGACGAAACGCAGAGGAAUAUCAGUUCGCUAGGGUUUGAAUCGUUUGACCCUUUCGGUAGCGAAAUUCAUCUUUUAUUUUGUUGAAGAAACCGAUGAGGAUGAUGCGAUACGAUUCGAUUCGUUUGAAUUCGGCCGAUUUUACUGUUCGAUUGGGUAUGGAAUGUGAAUCUCUUGAUCUCAAAAUCCAAAUUCAUAUCCAAUUCGAUUCGAUGAUCCAUUUUUUCUUCGGAAGUUGUAAAAUCAGAGCUGUAAUUAUGCGAUGAAAUUGAAUUUGUAGUUGUAGUUUGUAAUUAAUAUCAUAAUAUGUAUGAAUGUGGUUGUUUAGGCAAUUUGUCAAAUUUCUUGAUAGUGCAAUUUUUUUAGUUCCC